AUGACGGAAAACUACGUGAUAGUUGUCCUUCUUCUGAUGACUCCUGUGAUGAUUCUCAUAAUUUGGAAAAUUGGCAGACGCAUCCUGGAGGCUAUCAGACAUGGAAUUCUUCUAUCAAGGAUGCGGCAGGAAGCCCAAGAAGAAGAAGCCGCUCGCGUUGCGCAGGAGAUCCAGCAAGCUGAGCAGCUUGCCGAGCUCAGUGCCAUGAUGGCCGCACAUCGAAGCUGCCGUCACCAGCCGGUUCAAUAUCGUGCUCCUCAACCUAUUCAACAGCCUCAGCCAGCACAUGUAGCAUGUUAA